CAUUGCAGACUUUCGACUCGGAGUUGAUCUCGAGUGCACUGAGUCGAUGUGCAGCAAGGAUCGACAUUCUGGCAAGUCAUUCACGGCUUAUCAUUCCUCGUGCAAAUGUCGACGAAUCGCAAAGCCCUCGCAGUACUCGUCCGCCUCUAGUGUGAAUGCUAUCCACAAGUCUCAUAACUGCGAUACCGAAUUCAAGUUCAAGACAUCUCCUGGUCACUGGCCACGACAAUGCAAUCAGAACUCCCUCUGGAACUCUGUGAGAUAAUCGUCGACCAUCUCUGGGAUGACUUGUCUACGCUUGCAGCCUGCAGCCUAGUAUGUCACGCGUGGCUGCCUACGACGCGGUUGCACAAGCUGCUCACUGUCACGUUACGAACUCUCGAGCGUUGCAAGUGGUUGCAGGCGUUCUUGGACUCGCCGUCCAUCAACGCAGAAGAUAUACCCAACUAUGUGCGCGAGCUCCACCUUGGCGCGGACCCAAAUGACACAAAGUACGACUGCACCGACAUCGGGGGCUUUUGGGAGGAUCCGGAGCUCAUACCACUCCUGAUCAAGUUCUCCCGAGUGGAUGUUCUACAUCUAGACAACUUGCAAUGGUCAGCGGCCGCCUUCCCUUCUGGUAGAGCGACCCAGUUCAUGGCCUCGUUCCCGCGGCUCAAACGACUCGUCGUCAAAGUGGCCGUCUUCUACUCGCCGGAGGACCUGCUACUUCUACUCACGGCGUUUCCCCUCCUGACGUCCGUCUCGAUGUCGUUCGUCAGCUGGUUCAACCAGGACGUCGUGACGCAGUGGACCACCUCGCCGAGCCGUCCGUGCAAACAGCGCGACGACCCGACCCUCUUGUCCUUCAGGAACUUCAGGACUGAUCCGACGUCUUAUAUCGCCGUCAUUACCGCUGCGUCGGUCUCCCAGAACACCUGGUGUCUCGACUUGGACGAGCUCGAAUGGAUCGGGCACGAGAGGUUUAGCAGCGAUUGGAUGGUCGCCAGAGCGUACGAGAAGAGCGCGGCGUUCAUCAACCCUUUGUCAGGCAUCACUGCCCAUCUGUUCGCAUUGGAAGGGCGUGGUGAGUCGUACGACAACCCACGCUUCAGACUUGCUCAUCGAUCAUGCAUGCUGCUGUAGGCUUACUGGAAUCGCAACUGGUCUCUCGCCUCGACUCUUUGCACAUCAACAUUACGACGAUGCCCGGUCCCCAAGCAUGGACCAGCGCACGCGUGAUCCCCGUCUCCACACUCGACAUCCGCGAAAUCCGCUACACCCUUGGCACCAUCCACGCCUCUAGCAUAUUUACCGAGCUCGGCGGGUGCCUCGCGUGGAUGUUCCUCGACAGGUACCUCACCGGCCUGCUGACGGAUCACCCCCACCUGGUCCCGAAGUUCCAGAUGGACAUGGACUUUGACGGCGAGCACGCGGAUUGUAUGGCGUGCAUGGCGGACGUCGAGGAUUCGUUCCAAAUGAAUCUGCCGAUGCUCGUGGAGAGCAGAGCGCGGAUGUGUGCGAUCAUCACAUACUCCGUAGACGAGGCGGGCCGCCCGGGGAUAUUCCGCCAGGAAGUAUGGUGGCCCAAGGUCCCGGCAGCGGAAACAUCUACCAGUCUGCAAAUAUCCGC